AAAACCGUGACGUUUUAUCAUUUUUGGCGCUUUAGGGUUUCUCAUUUGGCGGGAAGAAAGCUUCGGAGCUUGAGAGAGAAAAUGGCGAACAAGCUCAUCAACCAGAUGGGCCUUCCCAAAUCUAUCGCCAACGUCUUCGCAGCUCGUAACAUCACCACCGCCAAGGAAGCUUUGUCUCUGACCGAAUUCGAAUUAAUGGAAGUGCUAGAUGUGAGUAUGGCACAAGUCACGUCUGCGAUAGCUCGCAUCAGUGAAAUUGCAUGUCCACCCUACCAAACUGUGCUCUCUCUAAUGGAGCACAUGGGUGGUCACCUUUCGACGCAGCUCAAAGGGCUAGACCAGGCCUUAUGCGGUGGUAUCCCAUUUGGGGUUUUGACUGAGCUGGUUGGGCCUGCUGGGAUUGGCAAAACACAGUUUUGCCUGAAGCUUGCAUUGUUGGCUUCAUUGCCGGCAUCUUGUGGAGGUUUAGAUGGUCAUGUAAUAUAUAUCGAUGUAGAAUCCAAGUUUAGUUCAACAAGGCUGAUAGAAAUUGGAGCAAAGAGCUUCCCAGAAAUAUUUCACACAAAAGGACUGGCGCAAGAGAUGGCUGGUAGGAUCCUUGUUUUGCGGCCGACAUCACUUUCUGAAUUCACUGAGAGUUUGCAACAAAUCAAGAUUUCACUCCUUCAAAACCAAGUGAAGUUGCUAAUCAUUGAUAGCAUGGCCGCUCUCGUUUCAGGGGAACAUGUGCAAGGAGCUACUCGGCAACAUUUAUUGGGUUGGCAUAUCUCCUUUAUUAAAUCACUUGCUGAAUUUUCACGAAUCCCUGUUGUUGUUACAAACCAAGUGAGAUCUCAAAGUCGUGAUGAAAUCUGCCAGUAUUCCUUUCAAGCGCAUAGCAGGCAAAAGACUAUAGAGGAUUAUAAAGGACAUGAUUCUCAUCUUGUUCCUGCUUUGGGGAUUCAUUGGGCUCAUGCUGUCACCAUACGCCUUGUGCUUGAUGCUAAAUCUGGGAAGAGGUUCAUCAAGCUGGCAAAGUCUCCAGUAUCACCUCCUCUAGCCUUCCCAUUCAACAUAACAUCAUCUGGAAUUUCAUUGCUAACUGAUGAUGGAAUAGAGCUCACCGGACCAGAGAUAAACACAAUUCAUUGUCAAGGUCACAGUGACAUAAUUCAUUUUGAUGGGGAAAGAUUGCAAUAUAGAGCUGCAUAAAUUUGUGGGCCUGUUGCAAGAAAUUGAAUGAUCAUUCCAUCUGUGAUUGUCAGCCUCGGAAGCUAACACUGAUAGUGAAAGAUAAGCUAAGGUUCCAAGAUUUAAAACUUGCCAAAGGCCAUUUUUGUCUUUGACAAGUUUAGAGUGUGUAUAGAUCAAUGAUACUUUUAGUUCUACAAGUUUGCAGUUCCAUUCUAUACUCGUGUGUAUCAAUGUCAUUGAAGGUCACAGUGACAAAAUCAAGGAUCUAUGCUUUGACCGACGGUAAAAUAAUAUGAAUAAAAUCAUACCAUC